AUCAAAUUAAGACAUACCGGCACGUGUCGUUCACGUAUAUCUCUCUGUAUAUGCCACUGCUACACUUGGACGCUAUCUCUGGAACAUUCCGAUUAUCCACAGAAGAAACAGAGCCGAGGAAGAUGUCGUGGCAGACUUAUGUAGACGAUCACUUGAUGUGCGAUGUCGAAGGCAACCGCCUCACCGCCGCCGCAAUUCUUGGUCAAGACGGUAGCGUCUGGGCUCAGAGCGCAAAUUUCCCUCAGUUGAAGCCUGAGGAAAUCAGUGGCAUCAACAAAGACUUUAAUGAGCCUGGAACGCUUGCCCCAACGGGAUUGUUUAUCGGUGGCACAAAGUACAUGGUCAUCCAAGGAGAGCCCAAUGCUGUCAUUCGUGGGAAGAAGGGUGCUGGUGGUGUUACCAUCAAGAAGACCACACAAGCCAUGGUCUUUGGUAUCUACGAAGAGCCAAUGACUCCUGGACAGUGCAAUAUGGUUGUUGAGAGGCUUGGUGACUACCUGAUUGAAUCAGGGCUCUGAAACCCAAUCAUGUUGUCUUUAUAUUGAGAGAAAACCUAUUUAUAUAUCGAAUGUGAUCAAAUCGUUUUAAUAGUCCAACUGUGUAUUACCCCUUACCAUGUGAUGGAUCCUUGGGGUUGUAUGAUUUUAUAAUAAAAUUUGGUAUUUUCUUCGUUUGUGUCGA